AUGAGCCUCCUUCGAAUUUUGCUCACCGCAGUUUGGCUUUCACAUGCAGUCUUUGGCUUUAUUCUUGCUCCGACCACUAGAACCAAUAUCCAUUCUCUUUCGUCUUUCAUCUCAAGGCAUCGUGAUGAAUUCCCCUCGAGCCCAGUCUCGACGAGUCUGACUCUUGCCUUGGAAGGGGAGUCACAUACAUCACUUGUUAGCGAGAACGGUUCAGUGCUGGAUCAAGUACUCCAUAACCCCACGUUCUGGAGCUUCAAUGUCAUGUUGGUCAUUGUAUUCCUCCUUUACAGCUGGGAGUCCUUUGUCGAGUAUGCCAAAGAAGAAUGCCCUCCAGCAAUCGUGCCCGUCAUUGAGAAAAUCCUUGGUGAAAUGGGAGGCCUUGGUUUCAUUGGGCUACUAUUGUCUGCACUCUUAAAUCAAGCGGCUUUUGGCGAAGUCGUGGGCAACAUAAGUGAACGGUUCCUUGGAGAGCCAAGUACCCUGUUGGAAUCUUUUGAAUUUCUUCACGAGGUGUUCUUCCAGGCCGCAAUCGCCUUUUUCGCAACUUCAGCAUUCAUUAUUGUCCGCGUUCUAAUGAGUUUUAAAGCCAUUCUUGAACUGUCAUCGGAACAAAGUGAAAACUUUGGAGGUUCAGAUGCGGCAUCGCAAGAACUGUCAUGCACUGUCGCUCGCAUUCUCAAUGCACCGACACUAGAAAAGGCGACCCUUAUUAGAAACUGCGAUGAACAGGAAGGCUUGGAAUGCGAGGUCGACCUAGAGGAUGGUUUUGUGAGAAAACUGGCCGUCCAACAGGUCAACCCGCUGUGGCGCGAGCUUACACUUACACCCAGAGCUAGAGCGUCAGAGAUAUUAGUCCUUCGAGAGCGACUCAAGAAAGAAUUCAAUCUUGACGAAGACUUUGAGAUCCGAAAGUAUCUGGAACAAGGUUUCGCGACCUGCAACCUGGAUCUCGUGGAAAUUUCACCACUUUCAUGGGUACCGCUAAUACCCUUGAUUGCUCUUGCAAAUUCAGUGGAUUUGAGUCAUGAUGUAGUCAACCCAGCAGCAGGGAACUCCGUCGAGACAUCUGGUUUCUUUCUUUCAACGCCCCUUUUCUUCUUCCCAAAGCUAUUGAUAGAACUCCUCAAUAUAGGGUGGUUCGCCAUCAACUUUGUCAAGAUGACGUCAAUCAAGAACAUGCUGUUGCCUACAGUUGUUCGAGUAGAAGGCGAAGAGGGUAGAGGUCGGCUGCUACCGCCAGCAGUCGAAUUUGAUGAUCAAAGAAAGGCAUUUCAAGCAAACUCAUCACCAUUUUGGAUCUCAUGGAUAGAGAAAAUCUAUGCUACGCCGGCGACUAAUCGAUUGGAGGAAUUAUUCGGAAUCGCCGGAGGAAGCGGGCUAUCCUUUUAUCUGAAUUCGAUCAAGUUUCAAACUUGGCUCGUUGUUGCUUCGUUGGUAGUGUUCACGUCGAACAUUCUGCCAAGAGAUGUUUAUGCACUCACGCACUUGGAUUCGGUGCAAGUAGGCAGUCCCGAGAAUCUCGUGCCAGAAGUCUUGGUCUUCGGCUUGUUUGCGCUGAUCAACGUAACGCAAAUUUUUGUGGUACCAAUCACGGUACUUAACUUUUGCCUCAUAUCUUGUGUGGAGAGUUUUGUAGAUACUGAAGCGCAGGAAGACAUUCCAAACGCAUAG